AUGUUAUUUCACCGCGCCGCCAUUGCUGCCUUUUCGAGACAGCAGUCAUCACGAUUUGCCCCUCGCAGCAUUCGAUUGUUGGCCUAUCCAAGAUACUUUUCAGCUGUCAACGUUCCACCACCUCCCACUUCCAAUCAUGCCUACACGCCGCUGAAAGAAGUCAAGGGUACCAUCAUCUAUACGGAAACAGAUGAAGCUCCAGCUCUCGCUACGUACAGUUUGUUUCCUGCCGUUUCCAAGAUCGGGGCUUUGGCCGGGAUCGACAUGGUCCCGUGUGACAUUUCCGUGGCGGGUCGUGUGUUGGCCCUCUUUCCCGAGAAACUCAAAGAGGAUCAACGGGUUCCCGACAACCUUGCCUAUCUCGGUGAACUAGCCAAGACUCCCGAGGCCAAUAUCAUUAAGCUGCCCAACAUUUCGGCUCCUUUGAAUCAAUUGGAAGACUGCAUCAACGAAUUGCGCGCCAAGGGAUACGACGUUCCACUUUAUCCACGAGAACCCAAGGAUGAGUCGGAACAAGAAAUUCAGGACAAGUACAGCAGUAUCAUGGGAUCUGCCGUCAAUCCCGUCUUGAGAGAGGGCAAUUCCGAUCGUCGGGUCGCAGCUCCCGUCAAGGCAUACGCCCAAAAGAAUCCUCAUCGAAUGGGCAUUUGGAGUAAGGCCAGCCGUACGCAUGUGGCACACAUGACCCAAGGGGACUUUUAUGGAAGCGAACAAAGUACCUCUAUGAAAGAAGCUACUGAUGUGAUCAUUGAAUUUGCUCCCAAGAAUGGUGCUAAGGUCGUCCUCAAGGAGAGCAAUCCGCUCGAAGCUGGAGAAGUCAUUGAUGCUUCGACCAUGUCCAUUACCAAGUUGUGCAACUUUUUUGAGGAUGAAAUUCAAGAUGCUAAAGAUUCGGAAUUGCUAUUUAGUUUGCAUCUAAAGGCAACCAUGAUGAAGGUUUCCGAUCCAAUCAUGUUUGGACACUGCAUUCGUGUCUUUUACAAGGAUGCCUUUGCCAAGCAUGGCAAAUUGCUAGAAAAGAUUGGAGCCAAUCCCAAUCAAGGAUUGGGAUCCAUCUUUGAAGUCGUCAAGGAAAAGUUGGAAGUCAACGAGGCCAUUCAAGUCUUGGAUGAUUUCAAGGCCUGUUACGAGGAUCGUCCUUGGUUGGCCAUGGUCAAUUCUGACAAGGGAAUUACCAACUUGCAUGCGCCAAAUGACAUCAUUAUUGAUGCUUCCAUGCCCGUCGUCGUUCGUGAUUCUGGUAAAAUGUGGAACAAGAUGAACGAAUUGGAAGAUACCAAGUGUGUCAUUCCUGAUCGUUGCUAUGCUACCAUGUACCAAGAAGUCUUCAACUACGUCAAGACCAAUGGACAAUUUGAUGUCGCCACCAUGGGAAAUGUUGCCAACGUGGGGCUCAUGGCCCGCAAGGCGGAAGAAUAUGGAUCCCACGACAAAACAUUUGAAAUGAAGGAUGAUGGUAUUGUCACUGUCACCGACAAGAACUCGGGUGAAGUCUACUUUCAACAUCAAGUGGAAAAGGGUGACAUUUGGCGAAUGGCACAAACCAAGGAUGACCCCAUCAGGGAUUGGGUCCGAUUGGCAGUCUCUCGUGGCAAGGCUACUGGAGACCGAGUUAUUUUCUGGUUGGACAAGAAUCGGGCCCAUGAUCGAACUCUAUUGGACAAGGUCAAUGAAUACUUGUUGGAUCACGACACGGAUGGAGUUGAUAUUAGUAUCAUGAAGCCAGUCGAUGCCAUUCGAACUUCCAUGGAACGCGCAACUGCCGGCAAGGAUACCAUUUCGGUUACUGGUAAUGUCUUGCGAGACUACCUAACAGAUCUCUUUCCCAUUUUGGAGCUUGGUACUUCUGCCAAGAUGCUUUCCAUUGUUCCACUCUUGGCCGGUGGUGGUCUGUACGAGACGGGCGCUGGUGGAUCGGCACCCAAGCACGUGGAACAAUUUUUGGAGGAGGGUCACUUGCGAUGGGAUUCUUUGGGAGAGUACUUGGCACUAGCUGUUGCCUUUGAACAAAUGGGAGCAAGUACGGGGAAUGACAAGGCUACCAUGCUUGGUGAAUGCUUGAACAAGGCUGUCGGACGUCUCCUCGACAACCGAAAGAGUCCUUCUCGUAUUGUUAACCAAAUUGACAACCGUGCCACCAACUACUACGUUACUCUCUAUUGGGCCGACUUUUUGUCCCAAGAAGACCCUGCCUUCAAGCCACUCUUUGAAGAGCUUUCUGCCGGACGAGCCGCCAUUGUCGAAGAGUUCAAAGAGUCUCAAGGAGAACCUGUCGAUUUGGGAGGAUAUUACUUGCUCGAUGCGGAAAAGGCUACCAAGGCCAUGAAUCCUUCCAAGACCUUGUCCAAGAUUCUAGCUUCCAUCGGCACCAAACUCUAA